AUGUUUGAAUCACUUGUAGCCAAUUUAAUCAAUAGAUUUCUCGGAUCAUACAUUGAGAAUUUUGAUCCAAAGCAACUAAACAUUGGAAUAUGGAGUGGUGAUGUUAAACUUCGGAACUUGAGAUUGAAAAAGGAAAGUCUCGAUAAAUUUAAAUUACCAAUCGAUGUCAAGUUUGGGCACUUGGGAGAAUUGACAUUGCAAAUUCCAUGGUCGAAUUUAAAGUCUAAACCAGUACGAAUUAUAAUUGAAGAUCUAUAUGUUUUAGCUUCUCCUAUAAUCUUGCAAGACUACGAUGAAGAAGACGAUGAGAAAAGACAACAGGCUUUAAAGGAGUCGAGGUUGAAAGAUCUAGAGGCAAUUCUCGAAGCAAAAGGAGAGGAGUUGGGUAGAGAUCUCGCAGAUGAAACUUUUGCUGAGUCCUUGGUGAAGAAAAUCGUUGAUAAUCUUCAAGUCACAAUUAAGAAAAUACACGUCAGGUAUGAAGACCAAUCUGUCUUGACGGAAAAACCAUACACGUUGGGAUUGUCAUUAGAAGAGCUUUCAGCAGUCUCAACAGAUGAGAAUUGGAAGCCAUCCUUCAUAGCAAUUACACAGGCUUUCACCAGAAAACUACUCACAUUGAAAAGUUUAUACUGCUACAUGGAAACUAAGGAUCCACAAUUGUAUUCAGACCUUGACAAGGAAGGACAAUUGAAGGAAUUUAAAGCCACAAAUGAUUGCCAAGAGUACUUGAUGAAGCCAAUAAGUGGUAACGGAAAACUUACUAUUCAUAAGCUCGGGGCUACUGAGUUGCAUCCUCACUUGGACACAGAUCUUUUCUUCGAGGAGUUUGGUUUAGAGUUGAACGAACAACAGUAUGAAGAUAUUUUGUGGACUGCCUCAAAGUUCAGGUGGUAUUCCAAAACAGCCAAAUUUCGAAAAUUUAGACCAAAAGUGCCACCUAGUGAGGAUCCCAAAGCAUGGUUCAAAUAUGCGGCUGAAUGUGUGUUGAAUGAAAUACACGAAAAGAAUUAUAAAUGGAGCUGGGAUCAUUUUGCAAAAAGAAGAGACGAAAGGAAGGAUUAUAUCAAAUUGUGGAAGUUAAAGUUAGAAAAGAAGCUUAACGAAGAUGAACAAAAACAGCUUCAGAACCUCGAACAGACGCUUUCCUUUGAUGACAUUAAGCUAUACCGCUCACUUGCUAGGAAUGAACUUAGAAAGGAAGGAAGUAAAGCAAAACUUUAUGAUACAGAGUCAGCCGAAAAGAAUGAACAGCAGAGAAAAGGAUGGUUCUCAGGCUGGUGGGGAGGAGGAAAUACAACUACGCAAGGAGAUGAACAACAGAAAACCAUGGGCGCAGAUGGAGAGCACAUCGAUCUUUCCUUGACCGACGACCAAAGAAAAACACUUUAUGACACUAUAGAUUACGACGAGGAGGCUGAAAUCUCAACCGUGGACCUUCCAGAUGAUUGUGUAAAAGUUCGCGUUUCAGCUGCAUUGAAUAAAGGAGGCUUGGUUGUGAGACGAAAUGACCGGACGAAUUUGGCCGAUGUUGCAUUUGAAGGUUGCAAAGCACAUUUUUACCAAAGACCAAACUCCUUUCUUGCUGGCUUUCAAAUGCUCGAGUUUAAGGUUGAAGAUGGAACUGGCUCCAGUAUCUACAAUCAUGUUGUAAGUGUCAAGCAAGCAAUUCCCAACGCGGAUUCAGGCAAAAGCGAAUCUUCAACUCCUUUUUUCCAAAUACAAUAUGAACAGAAUCCCCUCGAUGGCUCAGCUGACUCGAAAUUGUUAGGCUCGUUAAAGUCAAUGACUAUUUUCUACAAUUCGAAAUUCAUUGAAGAGUUGAUUCGAUUUUUCACGCCCCCCAAGAUUCACUUAGAUACCGUAGGGGCCAUAAUGAAUGCUGCAGAAUCUACAGUUGAAGGACUAACUUCCCAAACCAGAAUGGGACUUGAGUACGCUCUUGAAGAACACAAAACAAUUAAUGUAAACUUGGAUUUGCAAACACCAUUAUUGAUCAUGCCAUUGGACCCAUCUAGCUACAAAUCUCCUGUGGCUAUAUUAGAUGCAGGUCAUAUAAAUGUUGUAAGCGAGUUGGUUGAAAAGUCCAAGAUCAAGGAGUAUAAAGAUAAGGAAAAAUAUACUGAGGAUGAUUGGAAGAGCCUCAACGAAUUAUUAUACGACCAAUUCAAGUUUAGCUUAGAAGAUGCUCAAUUCUUUGUCGGUCAUACAAUCAAGUCAACAAUGGAACAGCUUUAUUCCCACGAUAAACCAAGACCAGCUUUAAUGCUCGAUAAUUUCAACGUAAAUUUCAAUCUUGGCUUGUCAAUUUUGCCGGAUGCACAAAAUUUGGCAAAGAUUAGACUAGGGGGAAAUGUUCCCAAGCUUCAGCUAGCCAUGAAUGACUUCCAGUAUAAAACUAUACUCAGCAUACUUGAUGCAGCUAUUCCCGAAACUGCCUUUGAUUCAUCAGACGAGUCAAGUGUCUUUGAGGCAUAUGGUGAUGACCAUUCAGGACAAGAAAUUGAUAUAGAUGACGAUCUGCUCAAGGAGGACACGAAGGAAAACGAUUUACAUAAGUCUACCAGCUCCGAGCAACACUUGAUUGAACUAAAAUUCGGCAUUGAUUUUAUUAAGCUAAAUUUAUCAAGAUGCAUUGAUGGACAUACCUUGGAAGCAGAACCAUUAAUCGAAAUAGUGGGUAAUGCAUUGGAAUUAAAUCUUUACCGAACCGAAACCGAUCUACACAUGAAUUUGGGACUUUUAGAUUUUAACAUUUUAGACCAUAUCGAAAAGUCCAAAAAGGAGGAAUUUCAGAAGCUCAUCACCUCAAAUACCGAUAAGAAUUCAACGAAAAAGUUGAUCGACGUGGAGUACAACAGAAGGUUGAGAGUCGUGGACUUCAAUAACAAAAAGAUUGAGGUUUAUGAUCAGGAUAUUGACCUCCACCUUGCAACAUUGAAAUUUGUCAUCACAAGAAAGUCAGUUUUGAGUAUUUUAACCUUUUGUUUGAAUACAUUCACAGACCCCAAUCAAGAGCCAACACCCGCUGAUGAAUUAAAUCAUAAUCCUGAAGACACAGAUGAAGCUCCACAAAAAAUCAAUAUGAAACUUAGCCUCGACAGUGUAAUUAUGGUACUCAAUGAAGAUGGUGUUAAAUUGGCAACAUUCCUGUUGAAUGCUGCACAGAUUAAAAUUUUGCUUUUGCCGGAGGCAAUGGAUGUAUCUGGUAGCUUGGGUGCUUUGUCUCUUCUUGAUGAGUUGGAACAUAAUAGCGACAAUUCGCCACGUCAUUUGAUACAAAUGGAUGAAAACGACUUGGCAAAAUUUAGUUACAAGACCUUUGAUUUGCAUGGUGAAAAACCAUCCGAGCUCAAGUUUAAUGUGAGUGCUAUCUCAGUCAAUUUUGUUGAAAGCUCCUUUAAUAGAAUAGUGAAAUACGGUAAUCAAUUUAUGCAAAUGAAGGCGAUUUACGAUAGAACUCGAAAAGCCGCCAUAAACCAAGCCACUCAAUUACCAAACAAGCUUAAAUUUGAUGUCUUGGUUCAGGGCCCAAUGAUUACCUUCCCGGUUGGCAAUACUGGGUUAGACAAGGUUGUUGCUAAUUUAGGUGAAAUAUACGCACACAAUGAAUAUCAAGGAGAUUUGAAUGUGAUUUCAGUUGGUAUAAGAAACGUUCAGCUCUUAUCAGACUUCCAGGCACACGAGGUGAAGCAAAACUUGAAAGUAAUCGAUGAUUUGGAUGUUUCGUUUGAUAUCAAUUGGUCUGAAAACUAUACUAAGGACACACCAACGUUUGAAAUUACUGGAAAAAUGCCAGAGUUGGAUGUGCACUUGACAGAAUUACAAGUGAAGCUAUUGACAGAUAUUUCAAACUCAGUUGCCACAGCAUUCAAUAUGGACGGCGAGUCUUCCGGAAUGGAGGAAAUUGAAGAAGAAGCAGCUUUUGCAAAUGAAGUAUUGAAGCACAACACAAAGGCUAUACAAGGAGACAAAGAUACAUCAGACAAAAAGAAGCCAGAGGAGACUUCAUUGGUUCCGGAAAUCCCAUCUGAUCAUGUGAUGGCAAAGGUUACAUUUGAAGUUCCACGUAUUUCAUUGUCCCUUUAUAACAAUACUGCUGAUUUAAGUGAUAUAAAACAGGCACAGUUGUCCAGUUUUUCACUCAAUGAAGUAAAGAUAAACUUCAAUUCGAAACAGGAUACACUGUUCAGGGCCAACUUAGCCAUCAAAUCCUUUGUCGUUGAAGACACCAGACAGCAUACCGAGAGCAAGUUUCCGGUUAUCAUACCAGCUGCUGACGACGUGGAAAAUCAAUUCCUGUUGCAAGUAUCUUCAGAUAUUGUAGCAGAAAGCAAGAGUCUAGCAUUAAUAUUGACAGUGGAGAAACCGAAAGCAAUUUUGGCACUUGACUAUUUGUUCGACUUACAAGCAUUCUUUGAUAUUGCCAUUCCAUCCACCGAAAAACCUUCUGUCGAUAAAAACCAACCACGAAAAUCUGUAACACUGAUUCCUGAGGUAAAGAAUACUACCCAAAAUGUUCAAACACACUUUGGAUUUUCAGUUAACAUUAUUAAGCCAUCGAUUUUCCUUUUAGCUGAUGAUACCAAAGCUGAUACCGAAGCGAUAGCUUUCAAAGUUGAGCAGAUUUCAAUCUCCAAGCAGAACAUUAUAUCAUUGGCAACUAGCAAGGUUGGGUUGUAUUUGACUCGAAUGGAUAAUCCAAAGAACUCCAGGUACAGGAUCAUUGAUGAUUUCUCCAUUUCUUUUGCAUAUGAUGAUAGAAGAUCUUCUCCAGGGAAUUAUUUGGAUAGUGUUGAAGCUUCUAUAGAUCCUUUGGUGAUUAGAGUAUCAGUCAGGGAUGUUAGAUUAGGAUUGGCAAUUCUUCAACGUGUGAACGACUUGUAUGCAAAACAUCAAGAUACAUUGAAUGCAAGGAACGCUGACAACAAGCUGAUAUCGAAUAGCAUUGAAGAUGAAUCAUUAUCAACAAGUGCCUCCCAGCAGUUAGUGAAGGGUGAAUCCGAUCAAAUAACUGGAAGCGAAAUUGUGAAAGGUGAGGAAUUGACUGCAAGCUUUGGUGGGUUGAGAUUUGUAUUGAUCGGGGAUGUUUCGGAAUUGCCCGUGUUAGAUAUGAAUGUGAAUCCAUUUGAGGUUAGGGCAAUUAACUGGUCGACUGAUUUAAGUGCAGAGAUACAUUUAGAGACCUUUGUCAACAUCUUCAACUAUUCCAAAUCUGCUUGGGAACCUUUGAUAGAAACUUGGCCUAUUGCUAUUUAUGCCUCAAAAACUCAAGAUCCAAAUUCGAAGUUAUUUCUUGAAUGUGUAUCGAGAGAGGUGGCCCAAGUUACUGUCACGUCUAGAUCAGUGGCUUUAUUAUCCCAGGUGCAGUACCUUUUGAGUAGUGAUGAAAAAUUGAAACCAAGAGGCGAAGACUAUCCAUUCUUGAUAGUUAAUGAUACUGGCUUAGAUUUGACUGUAUGGACCAAUGGAAAUAAAGCAGAGACCGAGACAAAGGUGAAGUAUGGUGAGUCAAAACCCUGGGCUUUUGAGGAUUGGAGAAAGAUCCGUGAAAAUUUAGAUGUCAACACAGCAAACACGUUGGACGUUGCUUUUGACAAUGGCGAGUAUGAAGAUCUUGAACAUUUGUCAGCUGCUAAAGAGGGGGAGGAUUUGCAUGUUUUGUAUCCUGCAGUUGAAGGUGUACAUAAUAGACUUUCUGUUUUGAUAAGCUUGCGUGAAGAUAAUGUCAAGGUUAUCACUCUUAGAUCGACAAUUGUUCUCGAAAAUGACUCAGAAGUACCAAUUACCGUCGAAAUACUUGAUGAAGAGCGGGCAGAAAUUCAAAUUGAAUCAAAGAGUGCUCUUUCUGUCCCUAUCAAUCUUGCAUACAGUGGAAAGUUCAGAGUCAAGCCUAAGCUACACACGUCGUAUGAUUGGUCAGAAGGGGAGAUUUAUUGGAAAGAUGCUAUGGAGAGUGAGCUUUCGUUAAGAUGUCCAGCUAUGACAAGAGGCGACACAUCUGUUUUCAAUUUUCAAGCAAAGGCCGUUUUUGACAGAAACGAACCAUUGGCACAAGUAUAUCCUCAUAUGAAGUUUGUGAUCUCAGCACCGCUUGAGAUUGAAAACUUGUUGCCUUACGAUUUUGAUUAUCGAUUGUAUGAUAAAAACUCGAGACGUGAAUGGACAGGAAGUGUAAAAAAGGGCGUCAAGAGUUAUGUCCACGUCGUCAGCUUGAAAAAUUUGUUGCUUCUCAGUAUUCAGCCCCGAAAUUGUAACUAUAGCAAGUCGGAGUUUGCUGUCAUCAAUGGAGGUUCGCGCAGUGAUUUCCGAAGAGAAAACACGUUAAAACUAAAAGGUGAAGACAUUUUAAGGUUGAAUAUAUUUUACCCACGAAAGCAAGCUGAUAGCACAAGUUUGAAGGUUGUUAUCUAUAGUCCUUAUGUGAUCUUAAAUAGAUCCAAUUUGAACAUAAUUGCCAAUGAAAAGAAUAAUCAAUUUGUGUCGUUGGCAAAGACUUCUAGUUCAGAACAAAUUUAUCCAACAAUGUUUUCUUUCUUCAAGCUUGACGAUCGAAAGAAUAGAGCAAUUAUCAAAACAGAAGAAACAGUUUGGUCACGUCCGAUGAGUUUUGAUGCUAUUGGCCAAGCCAGCGAGUUGAGGUUACAGCUCUUGGGCAAGCAAAAAGAAAUUAAUUUAGGUGUAACCAUCCUGGAAGGUGAAGGUAUCUACAACUUAACUAAAACAAUCACUAUCACACCGAGGUAUGUUGUGAUCAACAAGCUUCUGGAAAGUAUCAGUUUAGCAGAAGAAGGAUCCAUUAAGGAGAUUAAUACAAUGCCAGAUGCUUUGCUACCCCUCUAUGGCUUGCGUUGCGUGGACAAAAAGAACUUGAUAAUGAAGUUGGGACAAACUUCUAGAUGGUCGCAACCAUUCUGCAUUGACAAUGUUGGUCAGUUGUACAUCAAGGUACAAAAGAGUAACGUAGGACAAGUGUUGGUCAAAGUAACUAUGUUACUUGAAGAUGCAACUAUGUUUGUACAUAUCGAAAAUGCCAACAACCAAUGGCCGUAUUCGAUCAAGAACUACACCAAUGAAGAAUUCUACAUAUACCAAACUAAUCCUAAUAUAAACGCGGACGGGGAGAUAGUGAAACGAGACACAGUUUAUAAACCCAUAUACUACCGCGUUCCUCCAAAAAGUGUCAUGCCAUAUGCAUAUGAUUAUCCCAAUGGUCUCGUUAAGGAAAUCAUUGUGAGAUCACACGGUCGUGAAAGAGGAGUUAAUUUAGCUGAAAUCGGUAACCUUCGUCCAUUCAGAUUACCAUCAACGGAUUCCCAGUCGCAGCAAAUUGUUGAUCUCAACGUUGUUGCUGAUGGUCCUACUCAAUGCUUGGUAAUUACUGACUAUGAUCCUUCACAAAGCUUAUAUCAAAUAAAGAAUGAAACCGCGUCUAGCUCCUCAUUGCCAUCUAAUCAAGAUCAAUUUGUUGAAGCAGAUAUUGAGGACAAUUAUCAUACCAAGGUGGUGACAAAUUUCGAUGGUCUUGGAAUUUCGUUGAUCAAUACAAGGGACCAAGAGCUUUGCUAUGUCACUUUGAGAGGUAUCGAAUUCAGAUACAACGAGUCAAACUUGUACCAAAACUUUAGUGCUAAACUCAAGUGGGUUCAAAUUGAUAAUCAACUUUAUGGUGGCAUUUUCCCAAUUAUACUUUAUCCAUCAGUCAUACCAAAAACAGGAAAGGAAUUGAAUGAACAUCCUGCACUUUCAGCAUCAAUCUGUCGAGUUAAAGACGAUUCUCAUGGGGUAGUGUUUAUCAAGUACGCAACCACGCUUAUGCAAGAGUUGAAUUUCGAACUCGAUGAAGAUUUCUUGUUUGCAAUGCUUGACUUUGUUAAGUUCCCAGGAGCUUCAUGGAACAAAGAGCAGGUAAAUAGACUCUGUGAUGAUAAUUUGGAUAUUCCUGAACCCCUGAAACUAAGCAACAGCAGUGAUAUUUAUUUUGAAGCUUUGCAUUUGCAACCUAUUCAAGCAAACAUAUCGUUUGUGAGAACGGAAAGACUCAAUGCCGAGGACAAGACCAACAGUCAGAAUACAGUGAUGUUCUUCUUGAAUAUACUCACAAUGGCAAUUGGAAAUAUUAAUGACGCACCAAUCAAGUUGAAUGCUUUGUUUAUUGAAAAUAUUAGAGCGCCAACACCAAUAUUGGUUGAGUCGAUCAAGACCCAUUAUAGUCAAGCAUUUUUCUAUCAACUUUACAAUAUUGUGGGAUCGGCUGACUUUUUAGGUAAUCCAGUUGGAUUGUUCAACCUUCUUUCUUCAGGUGUGAUGGAUAUAUUUUAUGAACCUUACCAAGGUUACGUUUUAACCGAUAGUCCUCAGGAGCUUGGUAUAGGGUUGGCAAAGGGAGGCCUCAGUUUCAUGAAAAAAUCAGUGUUUGGAUUUUCGGAUUCUAUAGCUAAAGUUACCGGAUCCAUUGCUAAAGGGUUGACAGUGGCAACCAUGGAUUCCAAGUUUCAAGAACGCCGUCGUUUGCAAACGCGUAGGAACAGAGCCAAUCAUGCUGUAUAUGGUUUCACUACUGGGGCAAAUUCGUUUAUUGAGGCGGUGUCAUCAGGAAUUGGCGGUAUUGCUGCUGCACCAUUGGAAGGUGCAGACGAGGAUGGCGCGGCUGGGUUCUUUAAAGGUAUCGGUAAAGGUAUAAUUGGCUUACCAACAAAGACUGCCAUUGGUUUCUUCGAUUUGGCGUCUAAUGUUAGUGAGGGCAUCAGAAACACAACAACUGUUUUUGAUGGCGAGAAGCUUGAUAGAAUUAGGUUGCCUAGAUACAUCAAUCCCGACGAGGUGGUUAAACCAUACAAUGAAAGAGAAGCCCAAGGUCAAUUUUGGAUGCACGGUAUCGAUGGUGGGAUUUGCUGGAACCACACUUAUUUGGCUCAUUUAUUACUUCCCGGAGACGAAAUGGCAGUGUUGGUGACAUUGAAAGAUAUCAUUUUGUUUGACAUCAAAACACUCCAGUCGAGAUGGGUUGUAAGAUUUGAUCAAGUUAAAUCUAUUUCAGUGGAAUCUACUGGAUUGACCAUUGAAUUGAAGAAUAGAAAAGGUCCAUUUAUUCCAAUUCCGGAUCGAAAGAAUAGAACCUAUUUGUAUCAAAAAAUUGGAAUUGCAGUGAAGGAGUACAAUAAGUUUUGCCGAGUCACGUUAUAG